CGGAAACUGUUGUUGCUAGGAGACCGACGAGUGGCGUGCUAUCUGCCUAGAAGACGGACAGACCCGAGCGUCAGUGGUGCUGCUGAAGUUGAAACCAUGAGUGGGGGCAAUUUCGGAAUUGCUGGGCCUAUUCCCCCAGAUCCACCAAUUGUUUAUAAACGCCCAGCAUCAGCUCGUGGGAGACUUGAAGGCACCAAGUUGGAUUUCUUAUCUGGUCCGCUGGCCCCAGAUCCUACAUUGUACCCAGCAUGCUACAGUGCCCGUCCAGCAAAUCCUCCUCCAAGAAUACUCCCUAAUGCACGUGACAUCUUGGAAAGAGGCCAAAGGGGGACUGUUGGUAUCCUUCUACAACUUGAAGGAAUCUCCCUUAAUUCAGAUAUACAACCCAGAAAAAAUAUCAAGGAUCAUGGAAAGGAGAAUGUCCGAAGGUUAAGAGAGAUUCAGAAAAAAUGCAAAGAGAAAGAAUUGCAGAAAGAACAUUUGGGUCCCAAACCUGUUAAAGCCCUUUGGAAAUCCAACAAAUAUGAGAAUGUGGAGUCUAAAGUAAAACAAAAGCUUCAGGUAAAUGACAAAGUAACCACCCACAAUCAAGAAUCACUGAAUUUCCUAAAGGCUCAUUCUCAUUGUGGCUCAGGAAUACAACCUAAACGAUCGUUGACCCCAAGACCAAGAAGUCCAAAAUUUCAAUCUGAUAUAUCUGAGCAAGAUUUUAAGGUGCAAGGAACUGGCAUUGAUUUUGUUGCACAUAAUGCAAGAAAUGCAAACAAAGUCAAAAUAAGACGGUCCCGUUCACUGCAGGGUCUAAAUGAGGUUCUAGAGCACAAGCAAAACGAGCAGAAACAGUAUGACUCCAAUCAAAAGGGACAUGUUCCUCAAUACCUUAUUGAUUUGAAGGAGAAGUGGCUCAAAGAAAAAGAAGAACGUAAAAAGCGAACCCCUGAUCCAUCCUUACCACCAGGACACACCAUGAUGCCAGAAGCUGAAAGACUGGAAACUCUGAAUAAUAUAAAACAGACCCAAGACCAGCUGAUUAAAGAGUUACUGAGACUUCCAAUCAGGGCAGACACACUAAGCAUUCAAAAUCGACGCACAGAACUGGAGAAAAAACUCUCCGAGAUGGAAGAAGCUAUUAAAAUAUUUUCUCGUCCAAAGGUCUUUAUAAAAAUAGAUACUUGAGUUUUCUUUUUUUGGAAUCCCUUAUUAAUUAGUAUGUUUGCAUUAAAAUCUUCUAAACCAGGGACAAAAGCUACAAACUUACAUGGCAAUAUCUAGUAUUUUACAUUCUCUAAAUCUAUACGCAAAGAGAACUUACAUCGGACACAACAAUUAUGAAAACCUUCUUUCUUAUUUUUAUCAUUGCUCAUUCCAUGAUUUUUAAUAAACAGUUGUACCGUUUGUCUUUAACAAAAUAGUACAAUUAAAAGACAGUCUAAGCAACAUAAUCACUACAGCUGUUUUUCUGUCAAACUAUUUUGGAGAGGUUUUGCACAAAAAGGCACUUUUAAAACAAUCCUGGUGCUAACCCCCUCCAGCCAACUUUAUAAUGUGGAAGUCAUAUUGAAAGCGGCACUGUCAUAGGUUGUUGUCUUUUUUCCCCUUUCCUUAUGCCCCUUAUAUCUUAAUGAUUAUUACCCCCUUCUUGCCAUUAAAGGGAAACUCCACUGCCCAUAUAUAGAAUAAAUUAAAACCAAUGUUUAGUAGAAAUACCCCCUUCUUGCCCAGACAUUCUGUCUAACCACAGACUUCCCAAUGUAACUCAAAUAAGAAGUCUCUGCGAGGCACGUGCUCUAAGCAAUUGUCUGUCCCAUGAGUUUAGCUCCACUGAGCUAACCAAAGAAAGGAACAGGACUGUUGUGUGCUUGUAAGCAAGAGGGUGUAACAGAGUUAAUUAUAAGUGUACAUUUCUAUUGAAAUCAGCACUUUUUGGAAAAUGAAGAAAUAAUAGGACAACUCUUCACACAUUAAGCUUUUCAGCAAACUAAUGUGCUUUAGGGGUCUGGAGUGUCCCCUUAACUAUAUUUAUUAUCUUAUCUUUUGUACUGGAUUUCAAUGUAUAGGUGUUGUCAUUUUGUUCUCAUCUAUUUGUGAUGUCUGCUG